AUGCCGCCCCRACGGCUACCAGUGCCGCGAGGCACUUUCGCAUCGCAUGCAAAACACCUCCAGCAGAAGCGUUUUGCUUCAACAACGCCGGCGCUCCCAGAAUUGAGCGUGUGGCGCGGCCUGGAGCCCAAUACCCGUCUCGGACAGGCCAUUACAGGAAGCAUGGAAUGGCAGACAUCGACCUACUCCUUCAACAAGCAGAAUAUCAAAACUCUACCCGUCGCAGCGGUGAAUGUGGAGAAGUUGAUUGAGGCGUAUGUGACGAUGAAAAAGGUGGACAAUACAGGCAAAGACGCGCGAGCAAUCCGCACAGCACUAUCGGCCAGACGGAAAAGCGCGGAGAAGAUGUACGUCAGCAAGCCACGAAUCAAGGAUUUCGGCAAUAGGAUUGAGAUGACAGUCUUCGUCUUCGAUGGAAAUGCAUUCGCCAAGGAGAACGACAACAGACGGCCACGACCAGGACAAAAGGACAAACCUGCCAGCUCAGCAAGCUCCGCCCCACGACCCAUCUCCAAAGAUAGUCUCCUCAACCCUGUCCAGCAAGAAGGCCUCCAAUCCCUCAUCGCACAAAUCUACUCCAAACCUGUAGAGCUCCGGAUGAUCCAGCUCCGCAAGCCUCACCUCGACGCCGACAUCCUCGCAGCCUACGUCGCCCAACGCCUCUCCGACCGACGCAAUACCCCCCGCCGAGUCAUUCGAGACGCGACUUGGAAAGCGCCGCUCCCGACUGCACAAGCUAUAGUAGAUCUUGCGCAGAAGAAGUUGCAGCAGCUACCGCAAAAGUUCACUUUUGCGGACUUCAAGAUUGGGAAUGCGGCGCGGACGAGUGCGACGGGUAUUGUGGAUACACUGGGUCUGAGUCAAGUUUCGAGCGUGCAGGUUGAGGCUGCGGGUCGUUUGACGAAGCGGUUGACAGCCAACAGGAGUCAGAGGAAGAUGGCGAGACGAGGUGCGAAUGCCAAGGGACCUGGGUUCAUGUUGAGAGGGUUCAGGAAGAGUCAUGUGCAGUAUGCUUUCCGAGGAGGCAAGAGGAGAGUGGGUCAAUUCGGUAUUCGUGUGUCUUUGGGACAUACGUGA